AAGAACCACAAAAUACCAAACCCAACAACACAUUAUCUGGAAAAAAUGGCAAAAAUUAUUUGUGAAUCAAUCAUGUGUAUCUUCUUCGUGUUUAUCAUAUACUUCAGUGCCAUUUGUGUUUCAGCACAAACUUGUGACAACACUACUGGAAUUUUCAAACCCGAUAGUCUUUAUGACAAGAACCGACGUCUCAUCCUCUCCGGUCUCGCUUCUAACGUCACGGCUCACAACGGCUACUUCAACGGUUCGAUUGGGCUUGAUCCGGACCGAGUCUAUGCCACCGGAAUGUGCGCUCCAGGUGCUGAACCUGAUGUUUGCUCUCGCUGUAUCAAGACCACAUCUGAGAGUUUAUUACAGACCUGUCUGAACCAGACACGCGCUUUCUCCUGGUCAACAGAAGAAACUCUUUGCCUUGUUCGUUACUCUAGCCGUUCCCUCUCCGGUUUGCUCGUCAUGGACCCACGUGGAGCCCUUUACAAUACCCAAACUUUCACAAUAAGGAAUCAAACCGACUUUGAUUACGUGUGUAAGAAAUUAAUGUUUGGUCUGAUCGCUAGAACAACUUCUUCUUCUAGCGGUAACAAUUCAUCUAAAUAUUAUGCACACAAUGAAUCCCUCGUGCCUUUUUAUGGAAACAUAUCGUCUUGGAUGCAAUGUACACCGGAUGUUUCUCCAAACGAUUGUCGCACUUGCCUAGAGAGAAAUGUUAUUGACUAUGAGAAUUGUUGCCGUGAGCACCUAGGUGGCCUCAUAUCACGACCGAGCUGCUUUUUCCGAUGGGAAUUGUAUCCUUCACCUCCCUCGGUAUCCAAUUUGACAACCAUAAACAAGAAAGCAGAUUCAAGAAACUCAGGAGGAAUUAUCGCGGCAAUAGUUGUUGUUGUUACCAUAAUAUUGAUUGUUGUAGGCUUGGUUAUUUUCAAGCGAAGAAAUCAGAAGCAAGAAAUUGAACUUCCAACGGAAUCUAUUCAAUUUGAUUUGAAGACAAUUGAAGCUGCGACCAGCAACUUUUCUGAACGUAAUAAGCUUGGUCAAGGUGGAUUUGGUGAGGUUUACAAGGGUAUGCUCAUGAAUGGCACUGAAGUUGCGGUAAAGAGACUGUCGAAAAAAUCAGAACAAGGUGACAAAGAGUUCAAGAACGAGGUUAUUGUUGUUGCAAAACUUCAGCACAGAAAUCUUGUUAGACUUCUUGGGUUCUCGCUACAUGGAGAAGAGAAGUUACUAGUCUAUGAGUUUGUUCCUAACAAAAGCCUCGAUUAUUUCCUUUUCGACCCUAAGAAGAGAAUUCAGUUGGACUGGGGAGUGCGACACAACAUCAUUCAUGGGAUUACACGAGGGAUAUUAUAUCUUCAUCAUGAUUCACGUCUGAAAAUCAUACAUCGUGACCUCAAAGCGAGUAACAUUCUCUUAGAUGCUGACAUGAACCCAAAAAUUGCUGAUUUUGGAAUGGCAAGGAUAUUUGGAAUGGAACAAACUGUAGCCAAUACAGCAAGAGUAGUUGGGACCUUCGGUUACAUGGCUCCUGAGUAUGUGACACAUGGUCAAUUCUCGACGAAAUCAGAUGUCUACAGCUUUGGAGUAUUGAUGCUUGAGAUCAUUAGUGGCAAAAAGAAUAGUAGCUUCUGCCAGAUGGAUGUUUUAGUUAACAAUUUAGUCACAUAUGUCUGGAGACUAUGGGAGCGCAAAUCAUUGCUUGAGGUCAUAGAUCCUUGUAUUAGAGAAGAUUGUAAAAGUGAUGAAGUCACUAGAUAUAUCCAUAUUGGGCUAUUAUGUGUUCAAGAAAAUCCAGCAAAACGUCCAACGAUGUCAACGAUUCAUCAAAUGCUCACAACCAGCUCUAUUGCAUUACCUGCCCCUCUGCCACCUGGUUUUUUCUUCAGGAAUGAACCAAGAUCAAACCCGUCAGCCCAGGGAUUAAAGCCUGAUCAAGCGAGCAGCAAGUCUAUUUCUUGUUCAGUAGAUGAAGUAACAAUCACUGAUGUUAAUCCUCGUUGAAUACUCAACCUUUCCUGUUUGAUUCCACAAAUUGUUGUCUUUAGUUUUGUGUACAUAUAUGAAAAAGGUAUCAAUAGUUAUUUUCA